AGUUCUCUCUGAGGCCCAGCCACUCGCCCCCUUGGUUCUGCGUUGGUGUUGAAAGCGGCGCAGAAGCCGGAUCCUCAGCCUAGCUUGGCCUGCCAAUCUGACCGACAUGUCGGGACCGGUGCCAAGCAGGGCCAGAGUUUACACAGACGUAAAUACACACAGACCCCGCGAAUACUGGGAUUAUGAAUCGCACGUGGUUGAAUGGGGAAAUCAAGAUGAUUACCAGCUAGUCCGGAAACUGGGCCGAGGCAAAUACAGUGAAGUCUUCGAAGCCAUCAACAUCACAAAUAACGAAAAAGUAGUUGUUAAAAUCCUGAAGCCUGUGAAAAAGAAGAAAAUCAAGCGCGAAAUCAAAAUCUUGGAGAACUUGCGAGGUGGUCCAAACAUCAUUACGCUGGCAGAUAUAGUGAAAGACCCUGUGUCUCGGACUCCGGCCUUGGUUUUUGAACAUGUAAACAACACAGACUUCAAGCAAUUGUACCAAACGUUAACAGACUACGAUAUUCGGUUCUACAUGUAUGAAAUUUUGAAGGCCCUGGAUUACUGUCACAGUAUGGGGAUCAUGCAUAGAGACGUCAAGCCCCACAACGUCAUGAUCGACCACGAGCACAGAAAGCUGCGGCUAAUAGAUUGGGGUUUGGCGGAAUUCUACCAUCCUGGCCAAGAGUACAACGUUCGAGUGGCUUCCAGAUACUUCAAAGGCCCUGAGCUCCUUGUAGAUUAUCAAAUGUACGAUUAUAGUCUGGAUAUGUGGAGCUUGGGUUGUAUGCUAGCCAGCAUGAUUUUCCGGAAGGAGCCCUUUUUCCACGGCCAUGACAAUUAUGAUCAGUUGGUGAGGAUAGCCAAGGUGCUGGGGACAGAAGAUUUGUACGACUACAUCGACAAAUACAACAUAGAACUUGACCCCCGCUUCAAUGAUAUCUUGGGCAGGCACUCCCGCAAGCGAUGGGAACGCUUUGUUCACAGCGAGAAUCAGCACUUGGUCAGCCCGGAGGCCCUGGAUUUCCUAGACAAAUUGCUGCGAUAUGAUCACCAGUCCCGGCUCACGGCAAGAGAAGCAAUGGAGCACCCUUACUUUUACCCCAUAGUGAAGGACCAGGCUCGGAUGACCUCAGCCAGCAUGCCAGGGAGCAGCACCCCCGUCAGCAGCGCCAGCAUGUUGUCAGGGAUUUCUUCAGUGCCAACGUCUUCGCCCCUUGGGCCUCUGGCGGGCUCGCCUGUGAUCUCUGCUGCCAACGCCCUAGGUAUGCCAGUUCCAGCAGCCGCAGGAGCUCAGCAGUAGAUAACC